AUGGCAGGGAGACCAUUUUGGGGUGAUGUCAUCUCUUGCAAACCACAAGGAAGAAGCAUCAGGCUCGGGUCUGUUAUUCCAAUUUGCAAGCCUGAGUCGAGGCCUUAUGAAGGUCAAAAAUUUUCUUCCCUUGAGGAAGGAAUUUCCUUUUAUGAAAAGUAUGCUCAGGAGUCUUGUUUUGAUUGUCGAAGAUUUGGAAAUAGGUCUAGUGGUGGUGUUAUUAUUUUUCAGUAUGUUGUUUGCAAUAGACAAGGAUUUCAUACAGUAGAUUCGUUGGAUGUUGAUGUUAGUGUAUCUGAGGAUGGUAAUGUGUCUGAUGAUGAUGAAGAAUUUGUUGAGGAACACAAUCAUACUAUGGUUGACAAAGAUCAUAAGAGAUUUAUGAAAGAUAAUAAGUUAGUGAGCUUAUUCUGGUCUGAUGCUGAGUCUCGGAAGCAUUACCACAUGUUUGGAGAUGUUGUAGCAUUUGAUACAACAUAUUCAACAAACAGGUAUCGUAUGGUGUUUGGUCCAUUUACUGGGAAAGACAAUCAUGGGUGUCCUAUUGCGUUUGGAGCUGGUUUCGUAUCCGGUGAGAAUUGUGAUGCAUUUUCAUGGCUUUUCACUGUAUUUGUUGAAUGCAUGGGUGUUGCUCCAAGAAUCAUAAUCACUGACCAAGAUUGGGGAAUGAGGCUUGCCAUUGAGAAGGUAUUACCUGGUACAAGGCAUCGUUUGUGUAUGUGGCAUAUUAUGAGCAAGUUAUUUGAGAAGAUACCUAAAUCAAUUUCUGAUAGAGAAAAGUUUAGUAAGGAGUUUAAGUCUUGUGUUUGGUCAGAGUUGUUAGAUCCGGAUGAGUUUGAUAUAUUAUGGACUAGUAUUGUUGAAAAAUAUAGUGUAGAAGAUCAUAAGUGGUUUAAGGAUAUGUUUUUGAUCAGACAUAUGUGGAUCCCAGCCUUCUUUAGAGAUGUUCCUAUGGGUUCUUUAAUGAGAACAACAUCUUUUUCAGAAUCUGAAAACAGUUUUUUUAAGAGGUACUCGAAACCGUUGUUCAAUUUUGCUGACUUCACUCUUCAGUAUAACAAUGCCAUUGAUGCUCAAAGGAAUCAAACUGAAAGGCUUGACUAUUAUGAUUCUGUAAUCACUCCAAAAUAUGUCACUGAUUUAGCAUUUGAGAAGCAAUUGGCAUCUGUUUACACAGAUAGGAUGUUUAGAGUGGUACAAGAUUUGAUUGUUGAGGCUGAUAAGAGUUGUCGGAUGAUUAGCAUGUCCACAUUGGAGAACAUCGAGGUCUUCAAAGUUUCUGAUGCUAGAAAGAAGAUCUUUACAGUUACACAUGAGAUAGAGACUGAGUCAUAUGAAUGUGAGUGUAAACUAUUUUUAAGGUGUGGUUAUCUAUGCAGCCACCUUUUUUUCAUUCUCAGAAAUAAAGAUGUCAACAAUAUUCCAGAGAAAUAUGUUGGUAACCGUUGGCUUAAAAGUGAAUUACUAAAGGCAGUUCAUGGUCUCACAAUUGAUGAAAGUGCAUCUGACAGAGGUUCUAACAAAGAUGACAAACUACAGAUUGCUAAUAGGUGUCAUGGACGUUACUUUGGUCUAUAUCAGCGUGCUUUUAGGAAUAAAGAUCAUUUGAUUGCUUUGGAUAAUUUGCUUGCGGGUAUUGGUCCUCAAAUCUUUAAAGACGACUGUGCUGGAUCGUCUUCUCUUGAUAAAAAUGAUUCAAUCAUGAACAUAUAUGGUAUUGUUGUUCCUGAAGAAAUAACUGCCCAUGCUCCAGAUGUGGUUAGUACAAAAGGAGGUGCAAGUGACAAGAAAAACAGGAUUAAGUCAAGCAUAGAGAAAGCAAUUGAAAAAGUAAAUAAACCUCAUAGGCGUUGUGGAAAGUGUCACAAAGUUACUGAUCAUAAUGCUAGAAGUUGUGGCAGAAAUCAGACAUGA